AUGGCCGCCGAAUUCAUUGGCUACAAUGUUCUCGUGACGCUGAAAGAACCAGCAGGUGGACAGCUGGUGGGCCAGGUCGCCAACGUCUUCGGGCAGCGUCUGCUGCUUCAGGAUGUCACUUUUCUCUGGAAUGGCCAACGUUUGCCCCAAUACUCCAUCGACGCCUUAGGCAUUAGCAACCUGUCGCUUGAAACGCCCACCCAGGCGCCUUUGCAGCCGCAGCAGCCACAGCAGCUACGCCAACACCAUCCUAACCCUAACUUUCCACUUCAUGCGCCAAUGAUCGCACCAGUGGCUCCCACUCAAACCACUCCAACUCAGCAACGUUUUACGGACCCAGCUAUUGUGAGCUUCUCCAAGGCUUCUGUCCCGCCUCAGCCAUCGCAUGAAAAUGCCGCACCGGUUAUGGCUGCCCACCAGGUGCAGGAGCAAGUUUCAGCUUCCCUGGUGGAGCCAUUCGGUAGCCUGGAAUUGGAUGCAGAUGACGAUAAGAUCAGAGCACAAGGAGCAUCCCACAAGAAAAUACUCCAACCCCCGCAGGAGCUGUCCCCUGCAGACCUCAAAUCAAAGCGGAAUCGACGUGGCGACCAGGACAAGGCACGGGAAGAGCGAGGCUACGCUGUUAAACACGGCGCAGCGGCAAGCACCAACCCAAAGAGCAAAGGCUGGCGUCAAACUGCAUUUGUUGAACCAGCGGGAUCUGCAAUCCAGGACUCACCGGAGCCUAUGAGCCGGUCAGGAACUACCAGGAUUCGCAAAAAGAAAUCACGCCGUUAUGCUGAGAAUCCCAGUGGCUGGGCAACUGAAGAUGCGACGGAUAUUCAAGAGCUGGGUGAAUUUGAUUUUGUGGGUAAUCUUUCCAAGUUUGACAAGCGAACUGUGUUUGAACAAAUCCGAAACGACGACACUACUGCGGACGAGGAGCGUCUUGUGAGUUUCAACCGGAAAGUCAAACCAGGUACCAACGGCGGCAAGAACCUACAUUGGACAGAGAAUGUCCUGGAUAGCUCGCCGAACAGCGACACCGGCGAUGACAUCGAAACGAUUAGCACGACCAUCUCUGGGCGUGGGCGUUCCAGGGCACCUCCACACGCACCUUCCCGGAGAGACAGCGCGAUACACGCUCCGCAAAUGGCGCCACAGCUGAGUGCACAUGGCCGUAGCCAGCUGCAUGCAAACAUCCCUCAUGUUACCAGUCCUCGACUAGGCCGGCCUGCGGUGUCACCUAUGAUCGUUCCAACCGUGCCUGCUGUCGGGUCCCUCCGGCUUACAACUACCAAUCGCAGCUGUCCUACCGUCAGCCCCUUGCAAACUCUGGAGAUUGAACAGAUCACUAUUGCCGAGUUUGGCUUGGCCGAUGAGAUAAUUGCUGAGAACGCUGGCCGAGGAAUCGCAGAGGCCGCUGUCGCCCUCUUGUCCAAUGAUGCCGCUGCACCUACUAUGCUUGUUAUCACUGGCAAUCAUCGCACUGGUGCACGGGCCAUUGCAGCUGCUCGCCAUUUGCGCAAUCGGGGCCACCGAGUCACCGUCUGUCUGCUCGGACUCGAACACGAAGCUGAGUUGCUGGAGAAUUGCCGCAAGCAACUGGAUAUUUUCCGCAAAGUUGGUGGACGUGUGCUCAGGUGGGAAGACCUCUCAACGCGUUUGGGCACUGCGGAUCUGGGCCCCGAUGUGAUCAUCGAUGCCUUGUUCGGCAUGCAUCUAUCUUUCGAUGAUCUUCGAACCGACGACCAGGCUGUGGCUUUUGAGAUCAUUUCCUGGGUGAACCGAAGCAACAUUGGUGUGCUGUCUGUGGAUGUACCCUCCGGAAUCAAUGCCUCUACUGGCGAGCCUACUCUGGCCGAAGGUGGCCGCUUAUGCAUUAAUGCCACGUCAGUGGUGUGCCUCGGAGCUCCCAAGACUGGUGUUUUGAAUGCUCUUCUUUCUGACGAACGCCUGACCUGGAGUUUGUCAGUUGCGGACAUCGGAAUUCCUCAGAUCGUGUGGAGAAAGUAUGGAACUCGUCGUCGCCAUGGAAUUGACUUUGGAAACAAAUGGGUGGUCCCGUUAAAGUUCCAAUCGAUCUCUUAA